UCCUCUCUCCUCUCUCCUCCUCAUCAUCACCAGCCCGGCUGCCUCCACCUGAACCCCGGCUCCCCGCACACCUCUGCUUCGUCUCUGGACCUCAGAUGGAAAAAAGCGUCUCCCGGAGCCGCUGCUGCACACCGGCUGUUCCUCCUCCAGCCAGGCCGCUGUAGGACACCGCAGGGCGGGGAAGGAGCGUCGCGGGGUGCCGGUGUUGGAGCGGAUCUCUGGAGCUCUGGCAGCGUCUCCUCCCUCAUGCUGCAUGCUGCGGAGCCACAGAUAGAUGCGCGGAAAUAUACACCGUCUGCUGUGCUUGAUGCUUUAAUACAGCACUGAGAGAAGCUGCAGAGGCACAUUUGUUUCAGUUUGAGCUGCAGAGAGAGAGAGAGGAAGGAUGAGCCACAGAAGAGGAAGAGGAGGAUUUCUCACCAUGUUUCUUUUCUUGUGUCUGAUCUGGACACAGCUGCUGAUCACAGAGUCGUCUUCUGGUGACCACGAGCUUCGUCUCUUCCCGUCUCGCCGCUCCAGCCGUCUCCCUCCACCUCUGCACCCCCAACAUGACUUGAACCCACAGCCUAAUGUGGACGACCUUCCAGUCGAGUCCCACCCCCACCACCUCCACCACCAUCAUCAUCAUCAUCUUCACCACCGUCAGCACCCUGCCAGGUUGGCCAAAGUGAUGCCUGCCGCCCUCUUGGACUCUCGCUUUCGUCAGGAGCCCAGCGGCCAGCAAACCCUCAACCUGCUGGCGCGACCGCAUCACGAGGUGCAGCCGGAGCACGCUGUGGUGUCUGCACGCCACCUGGUCACCGUGUACCUAGCUGUAGAUGUGAGGAGGCUGAACGUCAGUCUUCUUCGGUGGUUUCGGGAAGGUGUGGCGGCGGCGCUGGGCGUUCCUGCGGGACGUGUGCACAUCAACCGGCUGAAUGAGGAGAAGAACGGCAUCGAGCUCUUCGUGUCCUCUGAUGGCCUCGGCAUCUCUGAGCCCCGCCCCGCCGAAGAGGUCAUCCAGUCACUGAACGUCCGGGUCCUCCACCGCCACCUGGGACACUUCGGCAUCACCGAAGUCUCUACUGGAAAGAACGUCCUGCAGGGCGAGCCAAGGGAUCACGUGUGGAGCAGAGAGGGAUUUUACGCCGUCGUCCUCUUCUUCACCAUCUUUGUCAUCAUCGUCACCUGCUUGAUGGUUUUGUACCGACUUAAAGAGAAGGUUCAGGUUUCUGACAGACAGGUGAAAGCUCCGCCCCCUGACCUCCACCUGACCCCAACUGUCUCUCCAGACUCCGCCCAGAGGUCAAAGGGCACCAAGGUUGUGACGUCAGGAAGCAUGGUCCAAGCUGAGCUCCCUCCAGCUGUAGCCACGCCCAUUCCUCAGCAGCAGCCAAUCGUAGCCUGCCGCCGCCUCGCUCCUCCCAUCGUCCCUCUGCCCAGCCCCGCCCACGUCCACGUAUUCAGCAGCAGUGACCACGCCCCCCAGGCCGUCGUUGCCCCGGUGACAGCCAGUAACGAGCUAAAGCCCUGCCCCUCCCCCUUCAGGAUGAAACCUGCUGCAGGACUACAAGAAAGACGAGGCUCCAACGUCUCUCUCGUGUUGGACAUGUCGGCUCUCGGCUCUGUGGAGCCCCUGAACGUUGCCGUGGUGACCCCCAGAGAGGCAGCGGCCAGGGAGUACCUGUUGUCGGCCGCCCGCCCGCUGACACGGCAGCAGCUCCGCGACAUCGUCAACAACACGCACAAGCUGCACGCCGAGUUCGCUGAAAUUCCCAUGAAUUUUAUUGAUCCCAAAGAGCUGGAUAUUCCAAACCACGGGACCAAGAACAGAUACAAGACCAUACUGCCCAACCCUCACUCCAGAGUGAUCCUGAAGUCGAAGAACUGCAACGACCUGCUGAGUUCCUACAUCAAUGCUAACUACAUACGGGGUUACCUAGGCGACGAGAAGGCGUUUAUCGCCACUCAGGGUCCCAUGGUGAACACGGUGAAUGACUUCUGGCAGAUGGCGUGGCAGGAGGAGUCGCCCGUCAUCGUCAUGAUCACCAAACUGAAAGAGAAGAACGAGAAGUGUGUUCUGUAUUGGCCAGAGAAACGGGGAAUCUACGGGAAGGUCGAAGUGCUGGUGAACAGCAUCAGAGAGUGUGAACACUACACGACCCGCAGCCUCACUCUCAAGUGUGGGAAUCAAACCCGCGUGCUGCAGCAUUACUGGUACACAUCGUGGCCUGACCACAAAACCCCCGACUCAACGAUGCCACUGCUGCAGCUGAUGGCCGACGUCGAGGCGGACAGACGGACGGCUGCAACCACGGGGCCGGUUAUCGCCCACUGCAGUGCCGGGAUUGGACGGACAGGCUGCUUCAUCGCCACGACGAUAGGCUGUCGACAGCUGCAGCUGGAGGGAGUGGUGGAUGUCCUGAGCAUCACCUGCCAGCUCCGAGCUGACAGGGGAGGUAUGAUCCAGACGGGUGAGCAGUACGAGUUCGUCCAUCACGCCUUGAGUCUGUAUGAGGCCCGCCUAUCUGCAGAAACCGGCCAAUGAGCGCACAUCGCCGCAGGAGGUUGUGGACUUAAACCUGGAGGCAUGCUGACAUAGCGAGUCUUUAGCAGGUAUGAUCUCUGAGAUUUGGCAGUUCUCUGAGGUUAGGGGACUCUGGAGGAGGUCUUUGAGUUUUGAUGGACAACCAAUGAGGACUGUUGUGGCUGGAGCCCGUUGAAGGAAAGAGGAAAAGGUAAAUUUCUGGAAAAGGAAUGUAUCCGUUCUUCUUUUUCUGCUGUUUUCUUCUUGUGUUGUUGGCGAGUGAUCCUUCAGAGGAACACGAAAAGACACUUCACUUCUCUCGGAUCGCGUCGUUUUUAACUAACCAGACUGUCCUCUUACCUCUUUUCUGUCAUGGAAACAUAGAAAUAGUUUGACUGAAAUUGAUGGUACGUUGUUCAAUAACACUGUUGUGUUUUAUGUGUCUUAUAGGAUUUUAAAUUAUUUUGUAAUGUGGUGUUCUUAUCAGAAAGGCUAUUGGUAAAUGACUGUUAGCUCGUUGCACCUUUGGUUACACUACUAUACCACUGCUGAACCAACCGUCCAGCUCCUUUUGUGACCUCCGCACUCCGUACGUUACUCUGUGAUUGGUACGGAAUUACGUGUUCUCCAGGAGGUAUCUUUUAAAGGUAUUUCCACCAUCUCACAGGUGUCUUAACUUCAUUUUAAACUCCUCAGAGAUACCAAAUGUCAUUAAACUUUCAUGUCAAGUAACCUGAAAUGUUUCUUGCUAACUAGGCAGCAGAGUCAUCGAGAGAAAUCAAAUACAACUUUUAAAUUGUCCAGAGCAAAACCAAUUUUUAUAAUCUUUAUUUCCACAGGCCGCGCCGCUCCGCUCAUUCUCACCGGACGUACGUUUUGUGUACGGCUCGGUAACUUACGGAGUACUGAAGUCACAAACGGGGCUACCUCCAGCCAUAGACCACAUGCUAAAAACCAAUGUAAUGAUUAAUUAGCUUCUGCUAAACUAGUAUCUUGUAGUACUAAUUCUAGCUUUAGUAGUUAAGUGUCAAUCCGUAUGCUUUAAUGUCAAUAAAUGGAUGCUAACCUACUGUAUAAGCUCAUGCUAUUACUAGCGCGCUACGCUAAUGCAAUAUUUUGUUAAAUCAAUUAAACUGCCACUGCUAAACCAUACGUGUACAAUAAAAAUAUGUUAGAACAAUAUUAUUUUUUAUACUAUUCAACAAGUACAGCUCCUGUUGACAGCAGUCUAAGAAUUAUGGGAGCUGUAGUUUUCGAAUGCUGACAAAAUAAUUGUUUUAUCUUUGUUAAAAAUGACUGUAGUAAUAUAGAUUAUCUUAAAAUGAACACUAUCAUUGGUUAAAAGACCAAUGAAUACAAAAAGACAGAGCAAGCUAGCUCUAAAGUAGCGUGGCUAAUCGUUUUCAGUCACAAUUUACACAUUUGGUCCAUAUUUAAAGUUAAUACUGUUUUAAAUAUAUUGACAUUUCAAUUAAAGUUUAGUUUUCAGCACAGAACCACAUUGAAAACACACAACAAAUAAUCCAGAACAUUUUGUGCUGCUUGGUCUCAGAGUUUUCUCUCUGUAUAGUUGCUUUGACAAUUCCCCUGUUUGUGUAAUAAUAUAUUGCUUUAUACCAAAAAUGUGAAAUGAUUUAAUGGUGCAGUCAUCUCAUCGGUGUGCUGUUGUAAAUUAUGUUAAUCUAGUGAGUACGUUAUUUUGGUGUAUCAAAGUAAUAAUAACUUUAUUUUUAUACUGUUUUUACAUGUUUCUGAGGUGUUUAGCAGCUAUCAGCCAUUUGUCGACUCGCACGGAAAUUAUUCGGGGUACAAACCUCAUCUCUAAAUCAUCAACGGGAACAGGAAUCCAAAACUGACUUUCUUUUAAAUCAAAACCUUGAAAAUACAAGUCACACAACCCUGUUUAAGCCUCAGUAUCUAAAUGAUGUGACAAUAACAUUCUGGCUGGUGACAAUAUUGAGAAAAUACUGAGGUGGUUUUGUCAGUUCCUGGGGUUGUUUUUAGAGAUCUGAGGUUUCUACAGUAAUGCCAGUAAUGAAGAACAUUAACAUACGCAUCUAAUCUGCUCUGUGUGAAUGGGGUAACAUUGUACAGUACAUGUUAAAGUGCUAUUAAACCUAAUGUGGGCAGUUACAUUUCAGUCCAUGGACCACAAACACGGAGAUCUUGCUGCUAAAACUGGGAACGUUUGGGACCGUUGACGGACAAUAAACGAGAGAAACUUUGAA